AUGACGAACCCCUACCAACAAGGUUCCCAGGGCUUUCAAGAUUCGGACACACCUGCUUCCAGCUCGGGACUCUUGCCUCGUCGCUUUUCCUACGCCUCGGUCGUUUCAACAGGCCCCAGCGACUCGACACCUUCGUUUCUAACCCAUCCGGGGCGCACCUCGGUCAUUUCACACCUCCUCAACGCACCCGACGACGCGGCCUUCGAUACCACGUCAAGCUAUAAUAUCGGCACGGCAAGAGACAGGAUGGAGGCGGACACAAACGGCGCAGGACACGCGGCGAGGCCGUGGCGACACAGUUCUCAGCUGCCAUCCUUCUCCAAAGCCUUCAAUCUGUACAUGGCGAGCCAGGAUCCCUCCAAUGACUCGGCUUCGGCAGACGGCAAGGCCUUCUUCGUCCCGUCAUACCUUACCGGAUCAACAUUUGUGCAGAGGUUGCAGGAGCAGCACCGCUUGAAGCUUCAAGCCCAGAGAGAUUCGCAGAACCAGGCUUCCUCACCAGCGAGUCCAAGUGCCAUUACACUACACAGCAAGUCCCCGUCACAUCGAGGCCUGGCAUACGACGUUGUCGAGAAGCCACCGCCGCCGUCUGAAGAAGAUGAUGCCGUGUCGUCACUGCCGACCAAGUGGAACAAGGACGAUAAGUACGGCGCGCUCGAGGUGCUCGCCGACGGUCUUGAAAUCAGAUAUAGCGGACCACGAGGCCAGAGCGAGCGCGAGCGGGAACACGAAGCAUACAGCAUACGAGCAGACCACUACAUGCCGCCGCAGUGCGGUAUCUACUACUAUGAGGUCACCAUCCUAUCAGGCAAGCGCGACGACACCAUGGUUGGCAUUGGGUUUUCUGGCAAGUCUGUAGCCCUCUCCAGGCCCCCAGGCUGGGAGCCCGAAUCUUGGGGCUACCACGGCGACGAUGGCCACUGUUAUGCCGCCCACAGCGGGGGAAAGUCGUACGGUCCUCUGUUUACGACCAACGAUGUUAUCGGAUGUGGUGUCAAUUUUCGGACAGGGUCGGCGUUUUAUACCAAAAACGGCCACAUGCUCGGGCACGUGUUUAAGGACAUUAAGGGGAAUCUCUAUCCAUCAGUUGGGCUCAAGAAGACGGGCGAGCACAUUCGGGUCAAUUUCGGGCAGUCACCAUUCACAUAUGACAUCGACAACAUGAUGGCGAAAGAGAAGCUUCAUGUACGAAAAGAAAUAGCAAGGACAAGCACGUCGAGUCUUGCGCACAACAUGAAGGAAACAGACAUGAUCCAAGCACUGGUCUUGCAGUUCCUCCAACACGAUGGCUACGUUGAGUCGGCGAGAGCCUUCGCCCAGGAGAUACAAAGCGAAAAAAAGGCCCUCAGUCUGGAUCCCAACGCAGCCAUAGGCGACAUCAACGUCAAGGACGACGAACACGCUACCAAGAGGCAACGUAUGGGCUCACCAUGA